AUGGGCUUCCUGAAAGUUGAAGGAAGGUCGGCGCUGGUAGGCCUGGGUGGUGUCAAAGACAUGGACUCCGUUAGCUUUGACUUCGAGGAGGAUAUCGAGGCCAAGGAUGCAGACCGCGAGGAGAGCCUACGAGCUGAGGGCUUGACCUCAGCGGAAGGGGCCCUGAACCGAGGCUCGCGCACGGUUUGUCGCCACUGGCUGAGGGGCCUCUGCAUGAAAGGCGACAAGUGCGACUACCUGCACCAGUUCGACCUCAAUCGCAUGCCAGAGUGCUUGUUCUUUCUCAAGACCGGCAAGUGCUACGACCGAGACUGCCUCUUCAAGCACGUGGCCGCGAGCGAGCGACAGGAGUGCCCCAGAUACCGCAUGGGCUUCUGCAAGAUGGGGCCCUUGUGCCGAAUGUCGCACGAGAGGCUGCCCAAGGAGAAGAUGCCGGAUGUGUUGCCGGAUUGGUUUCUGCAGCCGCUGCUGAAGAACGCGCACCUCGUUCCCAAAGCGGAAGACGUGAAGCUGUCGUCCUUCGAGUUUCGAAGGACGUCGGACUUUGCUCUCACGGCCUCCACCACUUCGGAGCUUGGCGCCAUCCCCGGGCUGCCCCCUCCGGUGCAGGGGAAGUGCCGAUUCUUCGUCAUGCGCUCCAUGAACCUCCGCAACGUGCAGAUCUCGGCCUGCAAGGGUAUCUGGGCUACUGGUGGCGGAAACACCUCGAAGCUCUGCCAGGGCUUUCGGGAAGUGGAUCACGUCAUCAUGAUCUUCACAUCCGCCGAGAGUCGGACCUUCCUCGGGUAUGCCCGGAUGGUCGACGAGCCGGAUGACAUGCUCUUCCCAGGCAUUUGGGGGGAAUUCUCCAGUCGGCUGGGGCACAGCUUCAAGGUGCACUGGCUGAAGCAGUGCUCCGUCGGGCUGGCUCAGGCUGACCACAUCCGCAACCCACACAACAACGACGAGCCCGUUCGCCGGGGCAAAGACGGCCAGGAGCUGCCCGCCAGCGUCGGCGAGCGCCUCUGCCGAUUCCUCUGGCAGGCGGACGACGAGGAUAUCCUCAAAGGCUCUGAGUUCCAGUUCGAGCCGCGUGUGCAGUAUGAGUACCCGGAGGAGAAGGAGGCCGAAGCUGCCCCUUUGGCGCUGGAGGACGUGAAGAAGGACACCAUGGAGAGCCCGCCGAGGGGGCCGGCGAAGCCCCGGCCGGCGCCCGUUCCUCUGGGCACCUUCCAGGACGCCAAGCGCGGCAAGGUGCGUCUGAACUCCACGGCGCCAGUGGCCGUGGGAAAGGCUCUGGCCUCGGGCUCGUCUUCGUUGUUGGCCGCGAUGGCCGAGGCCGAGCGGAGGGACGACCGCUCCCGCUCGGAGAGCCCAGGCCGAGAAAGAUGGCCAAGGCACGAGCGUCCACCUGAGUGGCCUCAUCCCCACAUGUAUGGGCCUGGCUACAUGCCACCAAUGUACCAUCACCCUCCGCCCUAUGGCUACCCGCCCGUUCACGCGCCGCCGCCGGGCCACUACGGCGAGGCAGGGCCCCCUCCGGGGUCCUGGUCCGGGGCACGCCCGCAGUACGCACGGCCGCCCAGCGACUGGCAGGGCGCAUCAGGCCGGGAGGCCAGCCAAGCCCGAGAGAGGUCGCGGAGCCCACGGCGCAAGCGUCGGCGCCGCAAGUGA